AAAACCGCUUGAGAGUUGAGAAUCUUUCUUUGGGGGGCCUCUAUACAGACACGUGGCAUUCCAUGCAACAUCGAUGAAAUCGAACAGCUCUUCCAUAAAGGCUUCACAAUCAUCUUCUGCAUCGUAGUUGUCGACAAAUCAAGAAAAUGGCUUCUGAUAAGAUUGAGAUGGAGAAGAGUGAGGGGAAAUUGAUGCACCUAGGGUUCGUGAGAGUCGUUACCGUCAACGCUGUCGUUAUAAUCUCAAAUCUCUACGAGUAUGCGAAGCAGAACUCAGGACCGCUCAAAUCGACCGUCGGUACGGUGGAAAACGCGGUGACGACUGUGGUUAGGCCUGUUUACGAUAAAUUCAAGGAUGUUCCUGAUGAUGUCCUCGUUUUUCUAGACAGAAAGGUGGAUGAAGCAAUUGAGAAGUUUGAUGAACAUGCACCACCUAUGGCAAAGAAACUUGUUAGUCAAGCCCAUAUUGUAGUGCAAAAGGCAUCUCAUGUGGCUCAAGAUUUGAUACAGGAAGCUAAAGUUGCUGGUCCACGUGCAGCUAUCUACCAUGCCAGUACAAUGUCCAAGCAAUUUGGAGUGAGUCAGUUUGCAGUGUUAUGGUUCCAUAUAAACCUUUCCCCUGCCUUGCAUAGCAUAGCAGAGAUAGCUACUCCGACAGCUGCUCACUGGUCCGAGAAGUAUAACGAGUUGGUUAAAGCUAUGAAAGCAAAGGGCUAUGAUAUCUUCUACUAUGUGCCCUUGGUUCCCGUGGAAGAAAUCUCCAAGGCAUACAAGCAGGUCGAGGCAGCUGCAGCAAAGAAGGAUGAUGACAUCACUCCAUCUAGUUCGACUGAAUCUUUAACAGAAUAGGAUGGUAAUGUGCCUGAACCUUGUGAAUUAUGAAGUUGGUGUGUUUUAAUUUAUGUGUAGGUUGGUGUGGUUGGGUUUGAAGACUGAAGAGUUUCAGUAGGGAAACCCAUUGUAUAAAUGACUAGACAUCAUCCUCUGUACCAUUUGAUGUGAGAAUGCAGUGUCCUUUGUUUGAUUUUCUGCUU